UGAUACAGAGCCCUCAGGGUGACUGUUGGCUCCCUGGGAACUGGAUGAGAGUCUGUGUGUAACAGUUCACAGUAAUAGAUAAGCCUCAGCUUGUCGGUUUACUGUGUGAGUGGUUAUACUUUUACAUAUCUAAUGCAUAACGGUGUCUUUUGAGAGCAGCAUCAGGCCCCGAUUCUCUUAUCUGUUUUCAUAUUCUCCUGCCUGUAUGUGUGUCUAUGUAACCUUGCUUCUGUCAAUGAGUGCUCAGCUCUGGUUUACUAGAGAUCAUAUCUCCUUCUCCCCUUACCAUCUGCAUUUACAUCUAAUUUGCUUGUUCUGUCUAUUUUGUACCACACAGUUUGUUGUGUAGUCAUUCUGGAAGUCUCCUGUUUGGGGAUGGGGCGGUGAUCAGGAUGAGACGUUUGACUCAGACAUUUCAUUUGUUGCCUUGAUAGAUGGCUCUUCCCUAUCAUCGGCCACAUGGGUAUCUGUACAUCGGCGGGAGUCAUUCGGGACUUUGCGGGCCCUUACUAUGUCUCCGAAGACAACAUGGCAUUUGGGAAGCCGGUGAAAUACUGGAAACUGGAUCCAAACAAAGUGUACUCCAGUGGUCCCAGUGCUUGGGAUACAGCUGUGCAUGAUGCCUCAGAAGAGUACAAGCACCGAAUGCACAAUCUCUGCUGUGACAACUGUCACUCUCAUGUGGCGUUGGCCUUAAACCUGAUGAGAUACGAUAACAGCACCUCCUGGAACAUGGUCAAACUUUGCUUCCUCUCCCUCCUGCAUGGGAAGUAUGUCAGCAUAGGAGGGUUCGUGAAGACCUGGCUUCCCUUUGUCCUUUUCUUGGGGGUGAUCCUGACAGUCAUUCUGACCCUUCAUUUGCGGUGAUGGAUAUUGUGAACUUCUCUUCCCAUUGGUACACAAGGGAUGAAACUGUGGUUGCUGAUCAAACAGGCUGGGGACACAGAACGCUGGGAGUCACUAAAAAAGAAGAUGGCAUCUUGACUUGAUAGGAAUGGCUCUGAUGUGUCCAUCCUGGGAGUGAUGUCUUUUGUUCCGUAUUAUGUCAUUGGGGUCUCCCCAUAUUUUGGGGCUGGGGCCUCUGAAUUUGGCUGCUCACCUCUCCUGCUGGUUGGUUUUGGGAGUGCACCCUGCAAGCUAUGAUCUCGACACAGGGUAAUGUUGCAAGGGCUAAACCUGCCUCUUAGUACCUGGACAGCCUCCUUAGCACAAGCAGAUACUCAUUGUAAGGUUUUCUGUGAUCUGGGGCUGCCUUUACAUAGCUACUUAUUUCCUCUCAGCAAACUUCAUCACGUGCUGCUUAUCGGUUACACUUCCCAGAUAUGGUGAAUUUCUGAAUUUUGGGGUAGGGAGGGAGAGUGCCUUUAUUGCACAAAUCUUCUAUAGCACACAUUUCCAAGUGGAGGCUGGAGUCUCCUAGCAGCCAUGCUCACCUGCUGGGGUAUGUAAUGCCACUGUACUUGCGUACAAUCUCCCUUGCACCUGGUAGUGAAACAGUGGUGCUGGUGGUUCCUCUGAUAACAUUCAUGAGCAUUCUCCUGUGGCAGGACAGCUCUGCUAUCAACUAGCAGCCUCUGAAUGAGGGCAACUGCACUAAAGCACGCAUAGAUUUUAGGCUGGGAGUGGCUCCUAGCAGUUUGUGCACUUCCAGAGACAAGUGAUCAGAAUCUGCACAUCUGGUCCCUGACGCACACAGUGUACCUCCCCUGCUCUGUCUCUUUCCAUUUUGUUUUCCUGCAACAGUUUACUUUUCUGUAGACCCUAACACUUGCGUACUACAGCUUAACCAUGCCAUUGCAAUAGGGAUGGUGAUAUGGUGGCGGCAGCAGCAUACCUGUGGGAUGGUACAUUGAGCUGUGGGUUUCUAAAACCUAUUUGCUCUGCUCUGGAGUAAAACUUUUGAAUUCCAAGCCACUUGACGGUGAGUAUAAAAUAUUUAUUGAAGUGUUUGAAGACAUGCACUUGAGAAACUUCAGUUUGCUGUUUCCCUUAAGCAAGGGCUUAUGGAAGGUAGCCUCUGUGCCAUACUUCAGGGUGGUGGCGGUUUUCCUACAGCUGGUCUCAAGUUAUUGAACAUGAAGAUCUAUUUGCUUCCAAGGCAGAUGCAUUAUUACACCUUGAAAAGAUCAGUGUUACGUUACACUGAUGUAGAAGCAUUCACCGGACUGCUUUGUGGGAUCCCUUAUGAAAGCUAAAGAAAGAUUGUUGGUGAAGAGACCAACUUGAUAUCCCUAGAAUCUGCUCACUCACCAGAGUCCAGGCAGCACAGAUGUAGGCUGGGCAAGCUUCCCAUAGAUGUAAGCCAAUAAAUGUGCCUCAAUCCUGACCUGGAGGCACUUCCUAAGAAAAUCAGUUUCCAUGUUUGUGCAUUCCUUAACCUCUCUGCUCAGGGUGCUGUCCAGCAUGCCCAUUGUGAUGGCUGGCUUUUACAGUGGCCACUUGUCUGUUAUGAACUGCGGCAAGCAUGCCUACACAAUCACAGAGGGGGAUUCAUUUUUCAACUCUGCUGCUUUAAAAGGACAAUUCUUUACCAUAGCAAUAAAUCCCCGCCUCAAGACACUUGUGUUAUGGGCAACCGCAUGACCCUUCUCUCUAAGGGGACCCUUGCUUAGUUGCAUGCCACUUUCACUGGUUCCCGUGCCUCUUGAAAGAUCAUUCCAGACCACACUUGUGGCUUUCAGAGAUCUCUGUGCAUAAUCCUCCAGCUCCGGAGGAGGAAAGGGACUUCCCUUGCACAGCUCCGUCUCUGCUGUCUGGCAUCCAGUUUUCUUUAGCAUCACUUUCCUUGCUAGCCUAAGAAGGUCACAUAGAUGCUGCAUUGUCUUUCCCUUACACCUAAAACUCAAAUCCUUUUCUUGUCUCUCCAAGGGUCAGUUAUUUCGAGCACGAGUGGAGAAUAGGCUGCUUGCUGCUAAAUAAAGUCUAGGCUGAUUAGAUAUUAAAGGUCUCCCAUCAAAGUGAACCUUACAGUGAGAGUGUGGUGUCUAACCAAGUUACCCUAUGCUGUUUCAGUUAUCACCUGGCCAAGUUAUUACUGAGAUAACAGGCCUGGCCAAUUGAAUAGGAAAGACACUUAGGCUACAUCUACACUGCCCUCUCUUGCACAAGAAAAUAUGCAAAUUAGGCAUAGUGGUAAAUAUUGCUGUGCCUCAUUUGCAUACUUAAGGAGCUGCCAUUUUUGCGCAAGGGGCUUUUGCACAAAAAGCCAUCUACACAGCUCCUUUUUCUGCAAAAAACCUCCUCUUGCACAAGAGCCGUUCUGCUGCUUUUUUCAGGAAGAACGGCUCUUGCGCGAAAGCCCCUUGUGCAAAAAUGGUGGCUCAUUAAGUAUGCAAAUGAGGCAUGGUGAUAGUCAUAUUUUCAUAUUUUCUUGCGCAAGAGAGGGCAGUGUAGACAUAGCCUUAGUGCUUGAAGUGACCUGCCAGGAAUGGUAUCAGGGAAACUCCAGAAAUCUCUUCCAGAGCUAGACCCCAACCUGCUUGGUGCAGAAGCAGCUGUCCUGAUACAUGUUGGGUCGACUUGUGAGAGAUGUCCCGUAAGCAAUGCAAGUGUUGCCAAAGUUGAAGCUUUGACACUCUCAGUGGCUGAAGUAGGAGCCCUUCUACUGGCCACAAUCCCCAUUUCUGUGUGUUCAGAAAGUAUCUUUGCCAUCUCAUCUUGCGUACACCCCCCACAAUACCCCACUGUCAGGAGUAUUAGAAACGCGUUAAUAGCACCCACCUAGAGGAUUGUCCGAUCUGAAGUGGGGAUUGUGCAGUGCACCUUUAGCUGAUACAGGCAUCAGACUGGGAAUGAAUGCACGAACCUGAUUGCAGCAGCGACGGUGCUGUUGUCAGUGCUUUCUACAAGUCCUACCUGAAGGACUAGCUCCUGCUCAGGCUCUGGCCCUGGUUUCACAGACACCGAAGGAGUGUGCAGGAGUCACGCAUAGCUAUUCAGGGCAGCCUAAGGGGGCGAACAAUCUAGGAGGAACCCCAAGAUUUGGGUACCCUGAUGCCUCUGAAUGUGCCAAGCUGUCACACUUAGUAAGACAGGCCAAAGGAAACUUGGCACAGCUCUGUUGCUCCCAGAGCUAUAAGCAGAGAACCAGGCACCUGUCUCUACUGGUAAAAUUCAGGCCCACCAAGCUCCAGAAGUGACAAUAAUAAUGGUCACUACUAUAGUGCAGAUGGGACAGGUGGGGUUUUUUAUGACCCAUGCUGUCUAACUGGGAGCUGCUCCUGGAAGUAGCUACACAUCUGAUUAUUUUUCCCUUUGGUGUAGGCAAGUAGCUUUGACUGAUGGACUUGCAGCUGUCCUCAUGUUGCCUACAAAGGGCAUGCUGCUCCUUUUUGAAUAGCGGUGUAAAGGAUUAACACCUAUUGCUGAGGUGUUGCCAUUGUUCAGUAUUUCCCUCUUAAGAACACUCUCCCACGAGGGUCUAGGGCCCCCUGACCUAUCCAUUGCUUGUCUCAAGCAGGUCUGUUGCCAAGCUCCUUGGAUUUGCCUCUGUUCUUUGUUAGGCCCCUGACCUUGUGAUUUGUUCUCAUUAUAUCAGGGCUAUUUUGUAAAUAUUGAAUUCUGCUGCUGUGAUUUCAUAAUUCCAGUGGUGGGAAAAAUAAACUCAUUUCUGUGUA